CCCCCUCUCGGCCGCCGGCCAAUAGCAGUGCGGGAGACGCGGCUCCUCGCGGAAGUGGGCGGGGCCAGCGGAGCGCGGGAAGCCGGGGCGCGGGCCGGGUGCGGGUCGGCAUUCCCGCUGUGUCCCGGCGGGCGGGGUCGGGCGGGACGGGAUCGGGUCGGAGGCAGCUCCGGGGCGGCGGCGAUGGAGUUCUCCAGCCGAACGAGGCAGAAGCAUUUGCGUCUAGCUGGGGACCGGCGGGAGCUGUACCCUCACAGCCUGCAGUUCUACCUGGAGCCCCCCACGGAAAGCAUCUCGCUGGUGGAGUUCGAGAGCUUUGCCAUCGACCGCCUGAAGCUGCUCAAAGUAGUUGAAAACCUUGGCGUGAGCUAUGUAAGAAGUACUGAUUCGUACAAAUUUAAGCUGGAGAAUGAGCUCCGGAAACUUAAGUUUCCCUACAAAGCUUUGGCUGAGGAUGAUUAUGAGGCAAGAAGAAAAGAUCAUAUCUCUCAUUUCAUACUACGCCUUGCUUACUGCCAGUCUGAGGAUCUCAGGCGUUGGUUUCUUCAACAAGAAAUGGAUCUCUUCCGGUAUCGGUUCAACGAACUAACUGACAGUUUAAUGCAGAAAUUCCUGGAACAUGUUAACUUAUCAUUUGAAGCUGUUAGUGAAGACGAGAAAACUGAACUGACAAAUGAUCUGUGUGCAUCAACUCCUGGCCUUAGUCUCCCUAAAGUGAAAGAACAAAUGUUCUAUAAGGUUGGACUUGUGGACGCCGUGGAUCUUUUUAGAACCAGAAGAGUGUUUAUUAAAGAUGGCUUUGCAUACGUACCAUUUAAGGAGAUUGAUGCAAUUGUUUUGAAUAACUAUAGAACAAAAUUAUCUAAAGCAUUAGCGCUGACAGCACGAUCGCUACCUUCCAUACAGUCUGAUGAGAGACUACAACCUCUGCUUAAUCAUCUCAGCCAUUCUUAUGUUGGCCCAGAUUACAGCAUCCAAAAGAACACUGGAAAAAUUUCUCUAGAGCAGAUUGAUGCUCUUUCGGUGAAGUCGUUCCCUCUGUGCAUGCGGCAGCUGCACAGAGCGCUGCGCGACAGCCAUCACCUCCGGCACGGGGGCCGGAUGCAGUAUGGGCUGUUCCUGAAGGGCAUCGGCUUGACUCUGGAACAGGCACUGGAGUUCUGGAAGAAAGAGUUUAUCAGAGGAAAAGUGGAUGCAGAUAAGUUUGACAAAGGAUAUGCUUACAGCAUUCGCCACAGCUAUGGGAAAGAAGGAAAGAGAACUGAUUAUACCCCAUACAGCUGCAUGAAGAUUAUCAUGUCCAAUCCACCAAGUCAAGGGGAUUAUCAUGGGUGCCCAUUCCGCCACAGUGAUCCUGAGCUACUGAAGCAAAAGCUGCAGUCAUACAAGAUCCCUCCCAGUGGAAUAACUCAGAUCCUGGAGUUGGUGAAGGGCAUGCAUUACCAGUUGGCCUGUCAGAAGUACUUUGAGUUGACACAUGAGGUUGAUGACAUUGGGUUUUCUUUGAAUCAUCCUAAUCAGUAUUUUACAGAGAGCCAAAGGCUGUUAAGCGGUGAUAGAGAACCAAAGAAGGAAUUAAGUAAUUCAGGAAACUCUCAACGAAAAAAUAAUAGUCAGGAAAGCAUGAAUUCAAAUUCGACUCCAGCCUCUUCAAACACAACAGCUGAUACAGAACUGGAGGGACUGGAAGCCUACUUCGCUGAAGACUAAGCAGUUGUCUCUAUAUUAAGGGAUAUGCACUUCACUACCUAGAACACACAGACAUUUUUUGAAUAGACUGAAAAAAGAAAGAUAGAUAUUGAAGCUGUAAUUGCAUCCAGUACCUAUUCUUGCUUCCUUUUGAGGCUGUUUUCUAUGGCAUGUUUAUGGUUGGGAAAUGAAAGUUCCUUCCCAAUUAUUAGGUGAUUUUUGUCUGAUUUACCUUUUUUUUUUUUGUUUUCUUCAAAAUGUUCAAAUAUUUUUAUCCCAUUUUGUGGCCAGUUUUCUAUGUAUCUUCUUAAUAAAUAAUUUGCAAAGCAAAA